GCGCACGCGAGCGGAGAGGAGGACAGAUGACGACCGAGAUCGGCUCCGCUGCAGCGCAAGGAGGAGAGACGCGGAAUGAUGUGUAAAUCAUCCCAUUUUCACGUUUGACACCGAGACAAGUUGCUUCGGCUGGACUCAUCUCGUCUCUCCGGCUGUAAAUAAAGGAGGCUGGAACCGUCUGAAAACAAACUGUAUUAUUUUUAAUGAGUUGAUUUGAAGACUUUUCCCUGUCCAUCUGUCUUUUAAGAGAAGCAGACAGACACAGACAGUCAUUAUGGAGUCUAUCUUAGACAGUUUAACAGAGGAGAAACUCUAUUCCUCCGGAGGAACCAACCUGUUGGACCUGGAGGAACUCAGCGACGGUGAUUUCCUCACUAACGUGCCUUUUUCAGGUGACCAAAUGGACGACUUCAGCAGUGAAUUAUUUAACAGUUUCUUCGACGACCAUCUGCUAGAGCGCCCCCUGUUGACAGAUAGACCCUCACCUCUAAAUAUCGACAUGGACAGCAACCCAGAUAUCCAAGCAGAGCACAGCUACUCUUUGAGUGAAGACUCCGCCCCCCAGAGUCCAGCCCUGUCAAUCAAAAUGGACCAAGAGUCUGAAUUUGACUGGAACUUCAGCCAGGACCUGUCCUCCAUCCUGGUGAAACAGGAGGAGCCUGAAAUUGGCCAAAGGUUAGAUCCUCAGCCUCUCGAAAGCCCGCCUCUCAUAUUAAGCCCUGCCCCUCCCCGCACAGGGUCACCGUGGAAACGCACAGAGCGCCGUCUAGAUGAUGUGAAGUCAGUAGCUAUAAAGGACGAACCCAGAGAAAAUGGACAGUAUCUCAGCCUGCCCAACGAUGACGCUCUCCAGCUCCCGCCCACCCCACCCAGCAGUAACCAUGGCGACAGUGACGGCUCACUACCGCCGUCCUCCCCACACCUCCCUCUCCCACCGUCCUCGCCCCAGCCACAACAGAGGCCAGGAGGUCGCGGGUCUUCCUCCUCUUCCUCGACAGCCAUCUCCUCCUCACCUCUCCUCACGGCACCACAUAAGCUGCAGGGCUCCGGACCCCUCAUGCUGACAGAGGAAGAGAAGAGGACCCUGGUAGCCGAGGGUUACCCUGUGCCAAACAAACUUCCCCUCACCAAGAGCGAGGAGAAAGCACUGAAGAGAGUUCGACGGAAGAUUAAAAAUAAGAUUUCAGCUCAGGAGAGUCGGAGAAAGAAGAAAGAGUAUGUGGAAUGUCUGGAAAAGAAGGUGGAGAAUUACACAUCAGAAAACAGCGACCUGUGGAGAAAAGUAGAAAACCUGGAGACUGCCAACAGGUCUCUUCUACAGCAGCUGCAGAAGCUUCAGUCUCUAAUUUCAGGGAAAGUCAUCCCCCGUUCAUGUAAAAUGGCCUCAACUCAAACAGGAACGUGCCUCAUGAUGAUGGCGCUGUGUUUCGUCCUGGUGUUGGGCUCCUUCUCCCCUUGUCUCUCUCCUCUGUCUUUUUUCUCUCAUUCCUCCUCUUUAUCCUCAUCAUCCUCUCACUCCCCACCUUCUUCUCUUCCUUCACCAUCGGCGGACCUCUACACGACCAGUCAGGUCCGCUCCCGCAGCCUGCUCUUCUACGAUGAACAGGCUCCCCUGGAGGAGAGUUUGGUACCGUCAGAAGGAGAGAGGCUGCAGUCAGAGAUCCACUCUCACAUUCAGACCCGUCGGCAUACAGCCGACGCCCACAGCAACCAGACAACCGGGCCCAAAUUAGACCAAAGAGAUACCUAACCAGGCGGAGUCUCGGAGGUUUUCUGACUCUUAUAUCCUCUUCCUGCUUGAAGCGCUCCACCCGCUAGUUCCAAACCAGCGACCAUCCUCCUGUUCCCACAUCGCCCCGGCUACAAAUCAGCCCAGCUUCAACACCCACGUCAAGCACCCUUCAUCUUUACGUUGUACUUGAACACUCUGGAUGUAAACAUCAACUUUAUUGUUGCUUUAAUGCACUAAAAGUCUAAUUUAAAGUAAGCAACUCAUUUCACUGAAUCAGUUUACCUACACAUUGCCUUGCAAAAAUACUUCUCCACAUUUUGGCACAUCAUUAUUUUAUAUGAUAGGCCAGCACAAAGUUGUCUUAGUCAAUCUUUACUAUCUGAUUUUAAUGUUUUUUUACUAAAACAUUCAGUUAAAAAAAACUUAAUUCUCAAAAUCCCAUUUUUAAGAACAAUUAAGCAUAAACAGCAAAGUCUGAAAGAUUAAAUUGUGGCAUUAACCUUCAACGUGAUGUUUAUGGUUUUCAGAGCUUUAACUCUAAGACAUCACCUAAUAAGAAACGGCUCAUUGUUGGCUUAUAUUAGUCAUCAAUAAUGAUUCGAUGCUUGAUUUUUAAAAUUACGGCUAGCCAGUAUUACAAAGCUGCAAAGUAUGCUUUCAAAUUUCAACUCAAAAAAGAUCAUUUAGAAAUAAUAAAAUAAACAGAAAAAUCAGCUAAAGUCUAGAAGUAACCAGGUUUAUUUACCUAAUGCUACAGAUAUUGAAGCAGAGCCAUUUUAAAGUGCCUUCCUUGUUCUGCGGUCCAGUAUGGCCCAUUUGACCGCGCAUAACUAUCUAUGAUAAAGAUGUAUAAAAUGCCUUAAAAUAAGUAGCUGCCAUGGUAAGCCCAAUUAGCCUUCUUAAGUGGCACGUUCUCUUGUCUUUCUCAUUUUGAAGUGUCUAAGAGAAACUAGCCACUCCAUCAUGUCAUAUUUAUUCAUACCCCAGGGAAACAGGAAGCCCAGGAUUAUUAAAUAAAACAUUAUUUUACAUGUAGAUCAAAUUUAAAAAGUUGAAAUGUACUGAAGAAUAAAAUUUGGGAUUUUUUCUGAAUAAUAAAAUGUAUUUAUUUUAAGGCUUUCUGCAUGUCUACCAGAGGUGCCAGUAAGUGUGGAGAACUGCAGCAUGCAUUUAUUAAAAGGUCCUAGUACUUUUUUAGAUUUUCAAAAUAAAACACAAAUUAUAGGUUAUUUCUGCAACUUUAUCAUUUAAUAAGCAUUUUUUUUUUACUUCUAAUUCUGACCAAAUGUCUAAUUUUUUCUUAGAUUUUGGUAUUUCUGGGGAGGCGUGUACUUUUCUUUCAUAAAACGGGGCCGUUCCGAGGCUAGGAAGCAACACGUAAAGUUUUUUUUUUGGAAAAUAUAAAUUGUAUAUGUAAUAUAUUUGCAGCAUCAAAAAAAUGCAUAUUUAAUUUAUGCGAAAAAAAAUACAUGUACUGAUUUUUUUAAGUUAGUUUAUCUUAUUGUUUUUUAAAUAAUAAAAAAAAUACAAAAAGAAAACUUUUAAUAUAUUACGAGCAUUGAAAAAUUUGCAUAUUUAUUAUAUGCAAAAUAAAAAAGGAGAUGAUUUGGCAUUUCAGAAGAGGUGAAAUUUCGUGGCGUAAAACUGCUGUUGCAUGAAUUGGGUGCUUCAGAAUUUAAAAAUUAUUCUUUUCUACAUUUCUAACUUUUAUUUCUUGGCCACAAAUUUAAAAAAAAAAGUUU